AUGAAGCAAGUUCGCAAACACGUUCAGAAAUUCGCCAGCGGUCGAGCGUCGGGCUACGGUGCUGCAUACACUCUCCCCGUCUUCCUCACCGUCGCUUCCAUCUCGUUAUGGGUCAAUGCGACUCACUUGCAAUGGCUCGGAUUCAACCACGUCUUCAUCCUGAUCAAACUGGUGUUGCUACUGGGAGUUCACGAACUCCUUCGACCUUUCUGUCUCUCGUUCAGAGACGUCUGCACCUUGACCGGUCAUGUCGGUGCAGCGGCCAAUGCUGCCGUACUGCAGUUCAUCAAGCGGGGAUGUCACCCCAAGUUCCCAGAGUGGACGCUAUGGUACGAGUGGUUCCAGGCCAUCGCGUUCGCUGCAGGCCAACGCAACGGCAGCCACAUCCUUAAGUUGCCCAACGCGUUGGCGUUCCGACGCAACUUCGAACUCGUCGGGCGGCUACUAGGGGCCUUUGCGUGUUGGCGUCACGGCCACAAGCUCGAGAGCUUCCGAUACAACGGACUGGAGCAUCUAUGGCUACGCUCUAGAGGUGGGAGCAACAACGAGAGACGGAUCGUAGUGCUGUACUACCAUGGAGGGGGCUACGCACUCUUCAGUCCUCGCUUCUUCGUCGAGUUCACCAGUCGUCUACUAUCUCAGGUGCAAAGCCAACUUCGAGCUGCUUGGGGUGGCACUGAGACUUCGAUGGACGUCCAGAUCUUACUGGCCAACUACCGUAAAUUACCCGAGGUCUGCUUCCCCACACCUCUGGAUGACGCCAUGGUCAUGUUCGACUACCUCGUUAAGCACGAGAAGAUGUCACCGGAGAACAUCAUCCUAGCUGGCGACAGCGCCGGUGGCGGUUUGGUUCUUGCAACGCUGUUGAGACUUCGUCGCGCUCAUCGAGAGAUGCCUCUUGCGGCGCUAUGCAACUGCCCGUACGCAGAUCUGUCGGCCGAUGUGGCCGUGUCGGACCACUGCUUCAUCUCCAAAUCCAUGUUGGAUGCGAUUCGAGACUUCUGCGUCCAGGAAACUCCUCGUGCGUCGUGGUGCGAAGGUGCCAUGCUGCAGACGGAUCUGCGAGGUUUGCCCCCACUUUUCAUUCAGGCGGCAGAGUUCGACAUUCUACACAAACAGUCGAUGCUCCUGGCCAAGAAUGCCCGAUCCGACGGUGUUCAAGUGGAACUGGACGUGAACGAGCACAUGCCGCACGUGUUCACACUGUUUCCACACAUUAUGAUGCCGCAGUCUACUGUGGGUAUCGAGAAAUUCGCUGCCUUCAUCACGCGCCAACUGACGACGCACCGAAUACCAGUACAACUUCCAGGUGCUGCUCCAGCAUUCUGAAGAUCGUGUCAAUGUUUAUUGGUUAACGUUAGUUAGGUCAGUAUAAUUUAUCCUGGUUACUAAACAA